GGCCGGGCGGCGGGAGAUUCAAACCUGGAUGAAGGAGGAACAUGGAGGGGAGAGGAACGGGCCCGGGCCGAGCGACUUAUGAACGCCUCACAGCUGAGGAAAUGGAUGAGCAGAGGCGGCAGAACGUCGCGUAUGAGUACCUGUGCCGGCUGGAGGAAGCCAAGCGCUGGAUGGAGGCCUGCCUGAAGGAGGAGCUUCCUUCCCCGGUGGAGCUGGAGGAGAGCCUCCGGAACGGAGUGCUGCUGGCCAAGCUGGGACACUGUUUUGCACCCUCUGUGGUUCCCUUGAAGAAGAUCUAUGACGUGGAGCAGCUACGGUACCAGGCAACUGGCUUGCAUUUCCGUCACACAGACAACAUCAACUUUUGGCUGUCUGCAGUAGCCCACAUCGGUCUGCCUUCGACCUUCUUCCCAGAGACCACGGACAUUUAUGACAAGAAGAACAUGCCCCGGGUGGUCUACUGCAUCCAUGCACUCAGUCUCUUCCUCUUCCGGCUGGGAUUGGCCCCUCAGAUACAUGAUCUAUAUGGGAAAGUGAAAUUCACAGCUGAGGAACUCAGCAACAUGGCCUCUGAACUAGCUAAAUAUGGCCUCCAGCUGCCUGCCUUCAGCAAGAUCGGGGGCAUCCUGGCCAAUGAACUCUCCGUGGAUGAGGCUGCAGUCCAUGCAGCUGUUCUUGCCAUCAAUGAGGCAGUGGAGCAAGGAGUGGUUAAGGACACCCUGGCUGCCUUGCAGAAUCCCAAUGCUCUGCUGGGGAAUCUUCAAGAGCCUCUGGCAGCCAUCUACCAGGAGCUGCUGGCCCAGGCCAAGAUGGAGAAGGCUGCCAAUGCCAGGAACCGCUUUUUGCAGAAUGAUGGAGAAAGCCAGGACAUCUAUGACUGCUACCUAACUCAGGCUGAAAUCCAGGGCAACAUCAACCAUGUCAAUGUCCAUGGGGCUCUAGAAGUUGUGGAUGAUGCCCUGGAAAGACAGAGCCCUGAGGCCUUGCUUGAGGCCCUUCAAGACCCUGUCCUGGCCCUGCAAGGAGUGAGGAGAGACUUUGCAGACUGGUACCUGGAACAGCUGAGCUCAGACAGAGAGCAGAAAGCACAGGAGCUGGGCCUGGUGGAGCUUCUGGAAAAGGAGGAGGUCCAAGCUGGUGUGGCUGCAGCCAACAUAAAGGGUGAUCAGGAACAAGCCAUGCUCCAGGCUGUGCAGAGGAUCAACAAAGCCAUCCGGAGGGGAGUGGCAGCUGACACCGUGAAGGAGCUGAUGUGCCCGGAAGCCCAGUUGCCACCAGUGUACCCCUUUGCAUCAGCUGUGUACCAGCAGGAGCUGGCAGUGCUCCAGCGGCAGCAGCAGGGGGAGCUUGGCCAGGAGGAGCUCUUUGUGGCUGUGGAGAUGCUCUCAGCCGUGGUCCUGAUCAACCGAGCUCUGGAGGCCAGGGAUGCCAGCAGCUUCUGGAGCAGUCUGGUGAACCCCGCCACAGGGCUGGCUGAGGUGGAAGGAGAGAAUGCUCAACGGUGAGAAAGGUUAAGGUUUAGCCACAUGUUGAGAGAGGGGAUGGGUGGGUGAUGGAGGGAAUGUAGCCAAGAGUCCAGGUUCUUGUGCUCAGAGACUGGCCUUCUGCAUGAUGCCCUGUUCUCUGGCACAGGCCCACCCUCUGGGUCUAUUUGCAGUUCCCUGGCCUGUGUUUCUCCUGGGAGUGGGUGGGUUCAAAGUCAUUCCCAUUUCCUCCAUUUAUUUAAUCUUUUAUCACAAAGGUUUGAGUACCCACUCAUGUGCCACAUACUUUUUUUUUUCCUUCAAUUAUUUAUUUAGUUAGUUAGUUGCACCAGGUCUUAGUUGCGGCACGUAUGCUCCUUAGUUGCGGCCAGCAGGCUCCUUAGUUGUGGCAUGCAAACUCUUAGUUGCAGCAUGCAUAUGGGAUCUAGUUCCCUGACCAGGGAUUGAACCCAGUCCCCCUGCAUUGGGAGCUCGGAGUCUUAACCACUGCUCCACCAGGUAAGUCCUGCCAGGUACUAUUCUAGGUGCUGGGAAACAACAGUGAACAAAACACAGUUCCCUGCUCUCUACCUUA